AUGCAGUGCACUACCAAAUACAAACAUAGCACAGACAGAUCACUAGCAAAAUGUACAGCAGGACUGAAGCGGCACCUCAAAAAGCGCGCUGAAUUAACAAAUUCAUGCGUCAGGACCGGGCUCAAGAGUGUCUUCGCCGGAGCAGGAGCAGAAUUCGAAGGAGCGACGAUCCUUAGGAUGAACCUUAGAACACUCGAGACAUCGGGCGAGGACUUCGUCUGCGUAAGAUACGAACGUGGUGCCUUCAGUCCUGUAGAGGACAUAGCGGACUUGCCUUGCAAUGCCCGCUUGCUCCGCUCGUUCCCUCUUGACUCGGUCCAAGACAGCACGAAAAGACUCGGUGGUGCGCUGGAAGCUAGGUAUAUACUCGCCAAUAGGCCUUGGGGUGAUGCAAUAAAGGGUGUUAGGGGCGGCAUGGCGGUGGAAGCGGAUGUCGACAGGCUCAGGGAUCAGGGGCCCAGCAAAACAACAGAGGCACCAGCGGCUGGCACUGACCUGCUCAUGCAGAACCCCAAUCAGGUUCCACGUGCUAGGCCACAUGGCACGGCCGUACGAGGGCAGGUGGCGGGGACAAGAGGGGGAAGAGGGGGAGCAACACGUGGGGUGAGAGGAGGAACCGGCCGAGGACGAGGAGGAGUCAUACCGGUUGUGCGGUCUGGAGCUUAUGAUGGGGAAAGCGCCAGUGUUCAGACAGGUCAGAAAAGACAGCGGGAGGACAAAGGGAGUGGAUUGUCGAGUCAGUCGAAGAAGCCCAAAGCCGAAGGAUCAUCGGGAUCAUCUCAAGGGUUCAAAAUGCCCUUCAAAAAACCGUUACCACAGGACAAUGCAAGUCAAAGGACACUCACCGGUGAUGAGGCCAUGGCUCGAGUGCUUGCAAGUAUGCCCAAGCACCCUCCCCGCCCAUCUGCCAGCCCGUCUCGCACACGCAUGCUAUCGUCAUCUUCUUCUACUACGCUUGUUGCCUCCGUCUCUGUUCCUGAAACUGUAGAUGCAAGCAUUGCUAUCGAUCCUGGUCUGGAGAACUUGGAGCAUCAGAUGCCCAAGACCAUGCUGCCUCCGCCAACGCACGUACGCACAGCCACUGUUCUGGCGCCGGUGAAGUAUGCUCCGCUAGGCAUGCGUGGUCCACCGCAAGUGUCUUCUCCUGCACUGCCUUCGCAUGGGAAGUCUUCCAUGGCCCCGCCUCGUGCGCCAUCUGCGGCCCCAUCUCGUGCACCGUCGAAGGCUCCUCCCGGGCCGUCGAAGGCUCCUCCUGGGGCAUCUAAGGCUCCUCCUGGGCCGUCGAAGGCUCCACGUGCCCCUCCCUCCCACGCGCCGUCGAUGACUCCCUCCCAUGCACCGUCAAUGGCUCCUUCCCACGCACCGUCAAUGGCUCCUCCUGGGCCGUUGAUGGUUCCCUCUCGCACGCCUGUGCUGAUCCCGCGUCAGCUCACCGAUCAAAUCAGUGGUCAUUCAGCGGAACUGCACAAGCUCGGGGAUAUGGUCCACCGGGUGAAGACAGAGGUCACCGCGGGGCGAGAGACAACAAGCAACCUGGUGGAGAGAGUCACCGUGCUUGAGGUAGCCGUGAAGAAGAGCGUUGAAGUUGGAACCGAACUCACCAAGAGGAUGGAUGCGAGCGAAGAUACUGUCCGCAGCCUUCAAGAAGAAGUGAACUUUUUGAAGGAGCGACGCGUGGGAGUUGAUUCUGACAACGAGAUAAUGAAUGGUAUUAGGAAGUGCUUCAUCGCAAAACUUGGGUUAACCGACAGCUCUGCCCUGUAUUCAAUUUCGCCCUUACCCGAUGGCACUUUCAGAGACGGUGACCAGAUUGUUCCCGAUUUCACCAAGUCGUACACGGAAAACUCGGAGUGGCACGAUGAAAUGCUCGACCGCAUCGAACAGAACCUCUGGAAAUAUGUUGUUGGCGGCGCCCAGUCUUUGGUUGGCAAGACAAGGGCCGAAUAUGCGAAGAGAUUAAACACCUCAUUCCACAACUGGAAGGGACAGUAUGUUAACAAGCACAAGGAAGAAGACGACAAUAGCGAUGAGGAGGACGUGAAGCAAUGGUACCGCAAUCGAGAUACUCGUCGCAGGGCACGAAGAACUCAGAAGCAAGGCAAGCGCAGUAAGGGACGACGCGAAUCAGAGACUCUGAUCGACGAUGACUUCGACGUCGUAUGCUGCAUUCAGUUCCAGAGCGAAGAAGAGAGCGACACUCCUGUCGGCGUAUCGAGAAAAGCAGCAAAGAAAACCGGUGUGCAACAUAUCAUCGACAGCGACGACGACGAGGCUGCACCCGCCCGUGACGAUUGCUACAAGGCUGACAGACCUUUGGUGGUUCGCAGAGCAACAUUCGAGUCCGACAAUAUCAUCCAAGUCAAGAUCAAGCUGAGUCGACUUGGCAAGUCGACUAGCAACAAAGGAGCAGCACCCCAGGACAGGGUUUGCGGCCCUCCUCGUGAUGUCAACCUGCCAAACCUGGGCAAGGGGAAGAAGAUACCGCUCUGGGCUUUGUGUCAAACUUAUCUCACGGAGCGUGGCAUCAAAUCUCCUGACAAGUGUAUUGAUUGGACGAAGGAGGAAUGCCCACCAUACAGGGAGGACGGUGACCCAGUCUACGAGAAGGAGACCAUCGGCGCAGACGGCGAUGAGGAAGAUGGCGACAACUGGGAUAUGUACCAAGAAUACGACGGCGAACAAUACCAACAGGCGGGCGAGGAGUACGAGCAGGUGGGUGAGCAAUACCAGCAGAUGGGCGAGGAGUACGAACAGGCGGGCGAGGAGUGCGAGGAGGCAGUCGAAGAAGGCGAGAAAGCGGUUGAAGAGAACGAGGAGGCAGUUGAGGAGUGUGAGGAGGCAGUUGAAGAAGGUGAGGAGGCAGUCAAAGAGGGCGAGGAGGCGGUUGAGGAGUGUGAGGAGGCAGUCAAAGAAGGCGAGGAGUAG